CAUUUAUUUAGUUUUAAUACAGUAGUUAUUCUCCAUUAUCCAAUAUUGCUUGUAAGGGAGCACUCCAAGCUUUGGGACAGUUAGUUGUAUCCCACAUUGAACAAAAACAACAAAAACACACAAAAAACCACAUGAAUCCAUGUUUCCCAACAGUGUUAUUUGUAUUUAUGAGAGAACAUACCCCAAAUUUAUGGGAGAAAUGUGUUGUUAACUGCUUUCCUUCUAAUUCCAUUUCAUUAUAUGAUUUUGUUUUGUAUUAGUUGAAUCCUCUGACUGACUCUUCAAGAUAAAUGCAUCAAUAGGACUAAUAAUAUAUGGUUUUAGAGGAGUGAUCAUAAAGUAGCCAUACACCGAAGGCCCUACUUUGUCAGUUGGAGACUGUUCAUAGGCACCAUAUAAAUAACAAUGUUAAAUACUGCAAAUUAAAGUUGCAUUUACUCAUAUAUAAAAUGGCAAGUAUUGUGAAUCAUAGUUUUUACUCAGUCAUCAAAGGAGAGAUUCUUGUCCUUAACCAGAAUACAUUUUUAUAUAUUUAGAACUAAUUGAUAGGAUGGAAAUAGUGACAUUCUAUUGAUACUAUAAUUAGCACCUAGGACAGUACCUUGAACACAAUAAGCUUUUAACAAAUGUUUGUUGAAUUUGAAUGUUGUGCUAACAGUGUUAGAAUAGGAAGUAGUCUACUUUAGUAUAAACCAAGGAAAAAAUAAUUUGUGAAUCCAGGUAAAUUUGACUUACUCAUCCAAGAAGGAAAUAUGGUAGUUAUGAAUGAGAGAAAAAACAUGAUUGAGCCUCAAGAGGCUCCAACAGAUGAUCACAUGACAUCCCUUCAGUUGGAAAAUAAGGGUGUCGGCCUGGACUAAAAUGCCAGAACUCUUUGAUCUUGAAAAACCACAGAAGUGUUCUAAGGGCCAAAGAAUUGAUAUGAUGGGUUCUAAUGGAACGAUAAAAGCAGAGUAAUUUUGGAAUUACUGUUCAUGUUGUUUCAUGAGUGUCUCAGUGACAGGCCAAUCAGAGGGUCAAAGAGAAAUUGGCUUACAUAAAAAUAAGGAAGAGAUUUCAGGUUUCAUGUAAACAGUAGCUAGCCAUAGAAUAUAUAAAAGGUGUAGCAAGGAAGGUAAGAACAAAACUUCAGUAACUUCUCUUAGCAAUUAAACUCAAAGUUCAUAUCCCAACACCAUGGCCUGCUGCAACUCCUGCUCCACCAGCUUCUGUGGUUUUCCCAGUUGCUCUACUGGGGGGACCUGUGGAUCUAGCUGCUGCCAAGACAGCUGUGGGAUCGGCUGCUGCCAACAGGGAGGUUGUAGAACCAGCUGUGGGACCGGCUGCUGCCAACAGGGUGGCUGUGGAAUCGGCUCUGGGAUUGGCUCUGGGGCUGGCUGUGCACCUCCUUGUGAGACCACUUGCACAACCAGGUGUUACCAGCCCCCAUGCUGUGGAUGUGAGAGCUGCCGUACCAGGUGGUGCCGCCCAGACUGCAGAGUUGAGGGUACUUGCCUGCCACCUUGCUGUGUGGUCAGCUGCACUCCUCCAUCUUGCUGCCAGCUGCACCAUGCCCAGGCUUCUUGCUGCCGCCCAUCCUACUGUGGACAGUCUUCCUGCCGUCCAGCCUGCUGCUGCUCCUGCUGUGAGCCCACCUGUUAAAGACAACAAUGCUGCCUCUCAGUGUGCAGAGGACACAACAUCUCAAAAUGCUUCUUAUGGAAUUGACAUUGGCUCACUAAUAAAUUUGUGAAAUUUUUAUUUUGUGACAA